CUGUGCUAGAGCUGACUGAGGCAAACUGUGUCCCACCAAACAAAAACAUCACAGUGGAGGUUGUAGCCAAACGUAAUAUCACCCCUCAGCAAUAUGUUCAAAGCGUUGCUAUCGCUAUUGUGUUUUCAUUUUUGGGUGGGAUUGGGAUUACCUUGGGAAUAAUUGCCAUUGUAUACCUAUAAACUCAAUAAGAAACCUAAACUGGUGCAGGAGGAAAAUAAAGCUGGGGAUAUGAUAACGUCUGACCCAGAAUCAAACCAGUGGAAUUUUUCUGAAGGAAAAAUAAGCCAUGCUCUGUACAACAGCAACACUAAAUCCCAUCAUUCCCAAGACAGAGAAGACUCCAUUUAUCACAUGGGACCAGAAAAACUGGACAAUCAUUUCACCUGCCACAAAUGCAACUCGACAAUCCUUGCGGUACGAAAGCAAAAACGAGAGAUUGCCAUGCAAAGAGCCAAUCACAUGGGAGGACAACAUGACAGAGAUGAUGAUUUGCCAGCCUAUGCAGCUAGUAACCAGUGUAAAGGGAAUGAUCGACAUUCUGCGUUGCAACAAAGGAUCAAAGACAAAAGUGUACAAAUACACAAUGAGAAGGGGUCAGGAAUUCAGAGCAGCCAGAAUUUAGGCAGUCGUGAUAUUCCUUCCCAACGUCGUGGGGGUUCAAACGACAUCUCAGCUGUCAAAAUACAACAGCUGGCCCUCAGUAAUCAUUUCUCAGCCCUCCAGAGAGGACCAUUUAGACCCACAGACCAAAUACACUACGAGUUGGUAACUCGUGGAAAUAACUCGCUGUUAAAACGCCAGGCUCAGGACAGUGGCGCUCAGCCAAUAUACAGAACCAUCAGCUGUCUGCACUGUCAUCAGACUUAUGAAUAUAAGCAAGCUGCGAGUAAUAACAAGAGCUUUCCGCUUCGAAAUCACUCUGAGAACGGACUUCAAAAUGAAGAAAAAAUGCAUGACGCUAUGCUAUACAGAGACGUCUUGGGAUAUAGAUCCAGCACUGGGAAAUGUGGUGAGAGUCAAUCCAGUGAGCUGGGAUUUAGGUUAGCCUCUCAAAGGAGUGUUACUUUUGAUCUAUCAGGAUCUGAGGAACGUGUCUUCACCAAGCCUACUGACAGACACAAAGGGGAGAGUAGGAUAAAAGGCUCGAAGACAUCUGCGCAGAAGAGCGACCGUAAAUCGGUUAAGACUAAAAGUAGCACGCAGGGGCAUUUAAAAACCCACAAAUCCAAAACACAAGCUAAGAAGACACUUAAGGUUAAAUUAAAUUUAAACCCUCUUCGAAAAACCAGGGUUCACGCCAAGUCUGGUGAUGAAGAGAAUGAAGAAGAAAAACUGAGAAGCAAAAAGCAAAAAUCUAAAAAAAAGACGACCGGCAGAAAAUCAAAGGAGAACAUUGAUGGCUCAGGAAAUGAGGUGGAUGAAGAUGCUCUAGACCAGGAUACAUCAUCCUCAAAAAAACAAAGCACAUCUUCCCAUAAAGCAAAACACUCUAAAAGUAAAAACAAAAUUUCAAGUUCCGAAUCUCAGGAUAUUAUUGAUGCUGCAAAAGAAAUUGUAACUGGUGCUACCCCAGAUGAAUCAGAAAAUAUAAUUCCUGUGGAGGGUGAAUCGCUGUUGACUGACAGUUUGUUAGAGACUCUUCUUGAAGGCCAAAGCCUGCAGAGCUCUGAUCCACCACUAACAUCCAAUUUAACAGACCUAAACAGUCAAUCAUAUAGCAGCACUACAGAUGCAACCGAAGCUCAGCAGCUGAAUAAUCCAAGUUUUGCCCUUCCUGUGAGUGAAUCCGCUGUUUCGCAGGACAUGGAUGAUCAGACUGGCAGUUUGGACCAAAUGAGCUCUCCGGCACCUGUUAUCCAAGAAUAUGUCUCUUCAGCUGAAGGGUCACCAAAGAGAAAGAUAAGACUCAUUCUACCUGAAAAAACAUCUAGGCCUCAAACAGCUCUAGAUAAGAAAAUCAGAUAACAUCACUGUAGCACAGAGACAUUUUUCACACCUAUUUUACAAUAGGUUUUUUAGUUUUGUUUUGAAAAAAGAAGAUAUUUUAAUGUACCUGUACCUGAGUUUUUUGCAACCCAUAGCCAUAAAUGUGAAAAAUCGUUUUGCACACAUUGUCGUAUGAUUUAAAAUCUGUUACACAUAAGCAACAUCAUGCACACAGUUAAUGAUCACUUUAUUUAACAAA